GUACAUGUACCCAAAAAAAAAAAAAAAAAAAAAAGAGUAUGAAAACAAAAAUGCAAAGAAAAGCAAAAAGGUAGAAAAUGAGUUGUACUGAUGGAUCGACCCACAGCCAGCUGCAAUGGCAAUGCCUACCAACCAAAUAAAAACGAGAGUGAAAGCACAUUCAAAGAGCUCAAGGGAAAAUCAAAGGUCCAACAAUGGCAGAACUAGAACGAGAAAUGGCUGGAAUUCCCAAAGUUAUAAGCUUGAUGUCAUCUAUUUUAGAGAGAGUUUCAGAGUCCAACGACCAGAAGAGGAGGACAAGAGAAUUAGAUGAUACCAAAAUUGUUUCAGGGUUUUAUGGGUUAUCAAGGCCAAGUAUUUCCAUUAAGAGCUACUUGGAGAGGAUUUUUAAGUAUGCUAAUUGUAGCCCAAGUUGCUUUGUUGUGGCUUAUGUUUAUCUUCAUCGCUUUCUUCAUAAUCAACCUUCUUUCUCCAUUGAUUCCUUCAAUGUUCAUAGGCUUCUCAUUACAAGUGUUCUUCUCUCUGCCAAGUUCUUGGAUGACUUGUAUUACAAUAAUGCCUACUAUGCCAAAGUGGGUGGAAUAAGCACCAUGGAGAUGAACCUUCUUGAAUUGGAUUUCUUAUUUGGUUUGAGAUUUCAAUUAAAUGUCUCACCAAAUACAUUUCAUAUUUAUUGCUCUUAUCUCCAAUCUGAAAUGCUCUUAACAACACAACCCAAACUUCAAAUCCAUCAUUCCUUCACUGAUGAAGAAACUUCUCUUAAAAAACAAUUUGACUGUUUAACUUCAUUUUAAAAUCGUUAAAAUCAUUUUUGUCUUUUUUAAAAUUACGUUGAAACAUACUUUUAAUCACUCAAAAUAAAUUUGAUAUUCAAUUUUACACUUUUAAAUACAAUUUUCAUUUCAUCAUAUUGAUUUUGAGGGAUUAAAAGCAUGUUCUAUGGUGAUUUUAAAAAUUACAAAAGUGAUUUUUAACUAUUUUAGAUUUGAAAGUGAUACUAAGAAAUCCAUCAAAAUAGGAAGUUAUUUAGGUGAGUUGUAAACCUUCUUAGGGGUAAAUGUGGCAUUUUACUCUUAAGAUUUUUGGGCCAAGAGAAGGAAUCAAAAGUCUUCUCCCCAAAUGGGAUUUUUUAUUUAUCACCCUAAUUUGCCUUCCUUGUAGUUGUUGGACAUUUUUGCCCCUAUGUACUCUGUUGUGUAGAAUUGUAUUUUGAUGAUUUGUAAGUAUAAGUUGUCUUGAUUUUAUGAAUGAUUGUUUUGAUUUAGUCUAA